CUCUCUUUCGGUCAGAACGUGGGACGUUUCAGAAGGGAGCUCUCCAUGUGAUUGAUUCCGUGAGUUUCUUCAUCAGCGGCAGGCAAGGCAGCUGCAGUUCCCCUCAUAAACACACUCAUAAAGCCAGUGUGCAAGAAGGAGCAAGGACGUCCCUUUUCGCAAGCAAACCGGAGAUGCCAAGCGUGUGCACUUAAUAUAAUAGUCUGCCAUUGCACGAUAACUUCAUUUCCUUGAGUCUUAUUGUCGUUUUUGAAAGAUUCCAAUCGCCGGACAGAUCUGGCAACAAAGGACUAUUUCUCCUGCUGGAGACCUCGAGGAUAAAAAAGGCAGGAAUUUAAAGCCAUUAUCAUGGAUUUUGUUAUGAAGCAAGCUUUGGGAGGAGCCACCAAAGACAUGGGGAAAAUGUUGGGUGGGGAAGAGGCUGAGAAGGACCCAGAUGCGGAGAAAAAGGAGGAGGAACGACAAGAGGCACUUCGACAACAGGAGGAGGAGAGGAAGGCAAAAUAUGCAAAAAUGGAAUCGGAGAGAGAAAACGUCCGACAGGGCAUCAGGGAUAAGUACGGCAUCAAGAAGAAGGAGGAGAAGGAAGCCGAGGCCCAGGCUGCUUUGGAUCAGGCAGCAGAGGGAAGUCUUACCCGCCCCAAGAAGGCCGUCCCAGCCGGCUGUGGUGAUGAGGAGGAGGAAGAGGAAAGUAUCAUGGACACGGUCAUGAAAUUCCUCCCUGGUCCAUUUAUGGAUAUGUUCAAUAAAAAGUAACAGCGUUGGUGAUAUUAGAUUGUUAACCUUCCAACAUACAUAACCAAGGCCACCACCCCAACCAACCGUUCUUCACCCAUACAUCCCCGUUUCUAAGAGCCCUGGAUUUGAUCAGCGCACCAUAAUAUUUGUCCUUAACUUAAAUGAUAAAUGAUCCGAUCUAUCCAUGUGUUACAUUGUCUUGUUUGGAUGGAAGACCACUGAUUGGUGAUACCAUGACGUGAUGUAUGAACCUAUGUAACAUCUGCAUAGAUCCAAUACCUUAACUUAAAGACACAUUUGAUGCCAGGUUUUCAAGGUGUCCAGGCCUUAGAAUGUGAUCUGAUAAACUAUAAUCCACAAUUUUUGUUUGUAAAUAAUAGCCUCUGGAUUAAAAUGAAUAUAUGUGAGUACCAGAAAAUAUAUAAAGAGUAUAAGCCAUAAUUUAAACAUUUAAGACAUUCUCCAAAUCAGAUAAACAUUUGAUAACAUUUAGCUGUUUUAUUCUUGAUGAUAUUGAUAUAUCCAUGUAGUUUUUAUCGGUUCUUCAUUGAUCAUUUUAAUACUGUUCUCUGUCCCAAAACAUUCAUAUGUUUUAAUGUUGAAAAUUAUACUGGUAAUUGUAACAAUGUUGUAAACCAUAAAGAAAAUGGAUCAUUCAUUCAACAACAUAUGUUUUUCAAGCAUGCCGUUGAUAGAUUUUGUGGAGUACAGUACAUUUACAAAUUCCAUUACAUUUGGUAUGAUUAAGUGAAAUACAUUAAUAUUUAAGGCAAUAACUCUGGUUUUCAAUUUUGUUUCGAUGACACUACUAUGUACGGUAGGCUAUACAUAGACAUCCUAACUGUUCUUCCUUGAAAUGAUAGAUGUCCUCGAUAAAAAUGCUCAACAAAAAACAAUGAUAUACCUGUGCUUAAUGUAAACCCAUAGUUGUAUGUCUUGUUGCUAACUCGAUCUGCUUGGCUCAUAAACAGUAGGACUUGUGAGAAUCAAAUCCAGCAAAUACAAUUGGACGUAGAGGGCUAUAUGUUAACUAUUCUAAUUUCCAUAUCUGUAAAUAGAUUUACUAGAUGUACUUUUAGUUUUCUCAACCACAACUAUGUUGUGAACACACUUUAUGUGAACAGACAGUGACAAUGGUGCAAUAUAUUGUUCGAAAUGAAGUUGUCCUGUGUCCGUUGGUUAACUAAAGGGAGUGCAAUCCCGAAUCAGCAAAGACAGACAAUCUUCAUUGUUAUGUGUUGAGCUUAAUACAUGUUGUGUGUUUGUGUAUAGACACAACGUUGUCUAACUAGUAAUGGAGAAGCAUAUGACUUCAGUCCGAAGUGUUUAAUUUUGCCAAGUGGGGAAAGAGGUGGAGGAUUUGUUUAAUGUAGGGUGUUUUAUCGCAUUGAUAAUUUCAACUAGUGCGGGUCAUUGUCUCUCAGUGGGAUUUGGUUUGUGGUUCUUCCAUACCGUGAAUUUGUGUUCUAAACUUUACAGAGAUUGCAGGACAAGGCCGUUUUUGCUAAUAACUUGAGAGGCAUGCGUACACCAUAGGAAACAGUUGUCCUUCGAUAUGUUCCUCUAUAUGUUGUCAAUGUUUUCCCCAGAGGUCAAUGUGUACAUUUCCCCAGACGUUUCUGUCAUUCAGUUGUACCACAGAACUCUAAAUGUUUAAAGUUCUUUCAUCCCUUUCCUUCGAUUUCUUAAUUUAAAAUGAAUUAAUCUGUAGUGUACAUUCCAAAUAUUUCAGACAUUCCAUAGGGCCUGUGCAGACUUCGUAGGGUCUUGGACAACGAAUAUGACAAUUUUGUCGUUAGUAUGAAGAGAAUUGCUUUGAUGCUCUUCUGUAAUUGUGGGGAUUUAUUUUCUUGUGUUGAGGUAGAUACAACACAUGACCAAGUAAAUGUCAAUAGCUAUCUAGCCUGCCAUGUACAGAAAAAAAGUCCAACAUGUAAUCAAAGAGAAAUACAAAAUGUGCUAUAGCAGCUAGCUAACUUAUAGAGUGCUGGCUAACAGAUAGAUUGUUAAGCCUUUCUUUUGGCAGUGAACAAGCUAGCUAGCUAGCUAGCAUUUGUCAAUGAUGCACAAUCUGAGUAACCGUUUGCUUUCAGUGCCAUUGUAAUUUGCUUACAAACCAAUGGAUGUUGAGUGUACUAGACAAGUAUCAAGCAGUUUACCGAUGGCAUUUGUGAAACUGCCACUGUUUAUAUCAGCCCAGUGUUGAUGCUUGUUAGAUUCAAGAUUAGCCUUUAGAAACCAGCUGUGGAAUAGAGAAGAAAAUCUGCAUGAUGUAAAACCUAGCUACAUAGUAUGCUCUCAAACCUUCAUGCCAAUUGCCUACAAAGUUUGUAGAUAGACAUAUGAAAGACGCAACAUUAAGGUCAUUUAUAGAGCACAUUUAUUGAACUUCCUGUGAUUUUUAUGUACUUGUGAACUGCCUUCAGCCUCUAAUUUAUCAAUGUGGUAAAACGUGGCUGAUUAACGACCAAUACUUGUUGAUAUUAUACAAUUAUACCACUUCUCUUUAUUUGUCAUUGGCGCAUGCAUGCAUCGACAGCCGUCAAUUAAUCAUUGCCAUGUUUUUCUUCUAUUAAAAACCAAAGAAUAGUCUUGUUAGUGAUAGACUGUCUCACCAAGUUCAUAUUUGACAUUUCGUCAUGUCAUGUUUUGUUAAUUAAAAUUCUCAGGUAUUCUAGCUUUUCUUUUGUACCUUUUUACCCAUUACAUGUUGUAGUGUUCAUGUAAUGAUCACAACAGAUUUAGAAAAUGUAGUAUUUCAUUAUUAGCGACCAAGCACAUAGCAUCUUUCAUUUACGAGGAUAAUGGACAGAUAGCAUCUGGUUUGACCCUUGUCCAUGAAUACAAAGCUACUGGAACUGCCCAUCCCGACAAGGUUUUCCAGCAAUUUACAGUCUGAAAUUCUGUCAAAGUUCCAGAUUUCCUUCUUGGAACAUGUUGUAGAACAUUAUUCAAUUUUUAACUACAAAAUGGCAUCACUGCCUUAUGGUCAUCAUCACCUAAUUACUCCACAUUGCGCAAAAAAAUUGCCACUUAUUGACCACUGCCUGAAGAAACAAGUCACAUGUCUAAUAAAAAUGUGUUAGCGAUUCUAUGGUUGCGUUUACACAGGCAGCCCAAUACAAUUUUUUUUUCUGCUAAUUGAUCUUUUGACCAAUCAAAUCAACUCUGAAAAAAAUCUGAUGUGAUGAGAUCUGAUGUGAUUGGUUAAAAUAUCAGAAUUGGUCUGCCUGUGUCGACGCAACCAAAUAUAAACCAUGUCAGAUUACUGUUGAUCCACUCAUUCUCACUUUUUAAGUUAAACCAUUCUUUCAUUUCAACCCUCAAUUAACCAUCGAUAUGAUAAAAAACUGCCUGACAAAAAUGCCACUUAAAAUAUUCCUUUGUUGUGUCUUGAAUGUAACUGUCUGAUGUUUCUAUCUUCGCAUAGUCUUUGACUGUUUAUAACUGUGUUGAGAAGAUGCUUAUUCUGGUGCAGUUUUAUGUCUGUAUCAUUCCUGUUUACGUCCACUGGUGGUUGUUCUUCGAGAAAUCUGUAUCUUUUGUAUUUUUUGUAUUGUAAAAUCUUCUGACCCUUCUCACUCUCUCUCUCUCUCUCUGCCUCUCGCUCUCUCUCUCUCUCUAUCCAUCUAUUUGUUGACAAUUGUAUGCAUGCUUAUGGUGUGAGAUGUAGGCAAGGUUGUUAAGAUAAUUGUUUGUGUCUUCUGUGUCGAUAGGCUCCACCUGACAGCCUCGCUGCAUGCCAUUUCAGGCUGAUCUUUUAGUCUCUGUAACAUUCCUGCCAAAAUGGAAUCACCGCACACUCUGAGAAUAAAGUGAUUUCAUAUAAUUGUU